AUGGAGUCAUGUGGGGUCAGCUGGAGUCAAGUGGAGUCAGCUGGAACCUCACAGGGUCUCAUAUCGGGCUCCAGUACUAUGGAGUCAUGUGGGGUCAGCUGGAGUCAAGUGGGCUCAUCUGGGGACAGCCGGAGUCAAGUGGGCUCAUGUGGGGACAGCUGGAGUCAAGUGGAGUCAGCUGGAACCUCACAUGGUCAGCGGGAGCGAAGUGGUAUCAUGUGGAGUCAGCUGGAGUCUCACACAGUCUCAUGA